AUGGAUCCGCUCUCGAUCGCUGCCUCAGCGGUGGCCUUGACCCAGGCCGCAGGCGCUAUCGCUUCCUCUCUGGCCGGCUUCGUUCGCUCCCUCCAAACCGUCGACGCGCGCAUCACCGCCCUCCGCCAUGAACUCGCCAACCUGACUGCGUUCCUCCAAUCCGUCGAGAAAACACUGAAUGGCUGCCACAAGUUCGACUUCGCCCUCGUCGAGGAGGACUUGUGGCAGCAGAGCCAUAUCGCCAUGGCAGACUGCAAGUCCACCCUCGGCGAGCUGGCGUCUUUGGUCAACAAAAUCAACCACGCCGCCAAACCAAAGGGCCUCGUGUGGAAGACUCGAGCCGUCGUUGAUCUGAACAUCCAUGGUGUCGAUAUCGCCGCAUUCCGGGACAAGAUUCAACAGUCCAACUGGGCGCUGCAGACCGUGCUCCAUACCAUGACAGUUUCUCUUUCUUUCAGGCAGCACACAUCCCAGGAAGCCAUCCUCGCCAAGCUAAGCCAACUGAAGGCCUCCAUCGACGAGACGCUCCACGCUUCCUCACGUCCCGCCGGCGGCUUCGAGCGCGGCGUUAGCGAUCAUCCCGAUUCUCAAAUUGCACGGAACAUGCGACAUCUCGCCCAAGCAGCAGGACACUUUUACUCCGCAGCCAGUUCGACAGCUAGCUCUACUCGAGGCGAUAGAAGCAUUGGCCACACUACAUCAUAUCAAAGCGCUGCCGCCGCCAGCAUUUUAGGAGACUUUCCAGACUCCCGCCGUGAGCGGGUCGAGCAAUUUCUCCACGAUAGCCGCAACCAGCUACGAGACCCGACAAUACUCUCGAUUCCAUCACAAACCUCGCCGUCAUGGAACUCUUCUUCUCGAUACUCGCGACCGCCCUCUGUAUUCCCCUCUACCAUGUCCACGGCGCUUGCACGCGGGUCUUCAAACAGAACCUUGGAUGACGACGACGUCGACGCCGAAUUCGAGCGCCUCUAUCUCGACGGACUGCAAGAGUUGGCUACAAUCAGCAUGAAGAAUCGAGACUACCAGAUCGCGAUUGAAUAUCUGCAACAGGCAUUGCAACGAGACGAGGAUUCGGGCUCUGGAAGCCCCGAGUCUCGCCAACGCCAAAUCCAACUUGCCUUUUGCUACUUUUUCCUGGGAACAUGGCGACUCGCGGAGCCGAUAGUCACCAAGCUCGCACAGUUGAAGUCAGACCAAGACCUAGCGGUGUGCAGCCUGCUCCAUGCUCUAUCGCUCGCAUACCUCUCAGAGUACCUCUUUGACGACGCCUUGGCAACCUGCAAGAAGGCUCUCCCAGGGAAGAAGAGACUAUGCCAUGCCAAUGGCGCUAAUUGGCAAGAGUAUAGAGAGGCACUUGCUCUUUUGGCGACCAUUUUCCACAUGGAAGGCGAUUACUUCCGCGCCGAAGUCUUGAGGAGACAACUGCCAACCGACUUCGUCUACGUCCACCCUGUCAACGCGAUUCAGUAUCUGCAGAGUAAAUCGGACAUCUUUGAAUCCAUGCUUGGAGACGACGACCCCCACCAAGGUGGUAUGGCAGAGCUGGACGGCGGACAAAACCUUGCUGUAAAUGGGGAGCGCCAGGGAGCUGUUCGAAACGGGACAGUCACCAGUUCAAGGGGUGCCUCGUUGCGUGCCAAGGUCUUGGAAAACCAGCGGUAUGAGAUGGACACGAUGAAGGAAGUUGUGUUCGUUGAACCCGCUGAGCCACAGUCGGCAACUGAUGCAGACGACGAGGCCUCGAUCUUCGCUCCUGUCAAGGGAUCCCUCCUUCGCCGUCGCCUCACUCAAAUUUUCGGAUCGAAACGGAUUCGCAAGACGAGUUCGGGCGAGGCACUGGCGGCAGUACAGGUCCCCGAGUCACCGAUAAGCGACACAGCGUCAGUUGUGCUUCCAGCACCGGAGUCGCAGUAUCCCAAUGGCGAUGGGAUGUGGCUCAAGAUAAAAACGUCAAAGACGCUCUUGCGGAAGCGAUCUCGACCAAGAGUUGCCAAGUUUCCACUCAAUAAGGCUGGCGCCGGGCAGAAGGAAGCCUUCAGGUUGAUCAACAUGGAGAGGAUCUCGUACCCGCAACACCAACAACCUGCCUACCAGUAUAAUCCUGGGGACUAUCCUUACGUCCCUUCAGAGAAUGACAGCUUGAGUCCAAUAGAAGAAGUCAGCGAUCCCCUCUCCUCUACAACGAUCAACCAGGGAGAGCCAACCGAAGAUCCCGAAAGCCGACCGUCCAGUGUCUCUCCUUGUACCUCUGAGACUGAUGAACUUGACCCGACGGCUGACACGCAAAAUCAACUACCACUAGCGGAACUUGCUGAUGAGAACUUCGGGAAUCUAUCUGUCUCAAAUCCCAAUUUCAACGCUGAUCAGCCGCAGACCGUGUCCUCCAAUGGACCAGGGAAUUCAGGAGAGGCCAGAGCUGGGGAUGAAAGUAUGGGACGUGGUCAAACCAACAACCAUUCCGAUAUUCCUAUCCAGCCCACCAAAGUACCGCUCCCUACAAUAUCCGAAGACUUGGAAAAGACACUAGCAGAAUCCACCGCCGUCUUCACAUCGCUGCCGGCAAUUCCAGAUUCAGAGGAGCUCCAUUCUAACAAACUUGACCUUGAGCUCCUUUUACAGAAGUUACAGGCAAGAAGUGAUUGCCAAGUUCUUCUUCGGGAUUUGCGGAAGGUCAUAAGAGACUUGGAGCAGAGAGACGCAGUCGAGCAAGAGGAGGCACACGACUCCGGUUACGAAACAAUGGACGACAGCAGUGAAUUGGUAAAACCGGCUCCAGAACCACCCAAAGGACACGAGAAUGACUCUACCCCACAAUCGCCAAAUCUCAGACGGGCAUUUUCUUGGACAAUGGGCUCCGAGGCCUCCUACACCGCUCAUGAAUCCGAGCUUCAACCACCAGAUGAGAAACGUUGCCCUGCUGAUAUCCCUCCCUGGUUAGAAAGCUACAACGUCGUCGCCAUAGCCUUCAAACGUCAAAACAGUGGGCACACUGAGGAGAGAGAGGAGAUGCUGUCGGUCACUGACACUGAAUUGGAACCAGGAAUUGGGAAGGUAUCCAGGGUAGAAGAUAGCUGGACAGCGCCUUCACUACCAAGAUUGGAGGCGAGGGGAGGUUGGGAUUGGGAUCGAUUGUGAGAUGACAAGUGACAGGGAAAUGUUAAUACCGACCGUUGUGGACCAGUCACAACUUUGAUGGGGUUAUGAAGGGAUGCAUUAUGGAUU